GAGCGAGCGGCCCCUCCCCCCUACCCAGCUCCGGGGCGCUGAGAGCGGCCGGGAGUUUUCGCACCCGGGAGGGAGAUGCCGCCCUGGCUCUGGCUUGUUGCAGAUUUCUAAUCAACAUAAUGCUGGAGCAUCAGCCUUGGAGCCAACAUUUUUCAAAAUGGCUGAGGUGGAUGUUAAUUUGGAUCAUGUCAUACCAACAACCAUUAUUCCCACUUACUGGGCAAAACUCCUAGUGGCGUUUGUUUCUUUUGUGUGCUUUGCCCAUAGUUAUGAUGGAGACUUUGUCUUUGAUGACUCAGAAGCCAUCGUCAACAAUAAGGACCUCCGAGCAGAAACUCCACUUGGUGACCUUUGGCAUCAUGAUUUCUGGGGUAGUAAACUCAGCAGCAACACUAGUCACAAGUCUUAUCGGCCACUCACUGUCCUAACUUUCAGGAUUAACUACUAUUUAUCUGGAGGUUUCCACCCAGUGAGUUUUCAUAUGGUCAACAUCCUCCUGCAUUGUAGCAUUUCCGUCCUAAUGGUUGAUGUCUUCUCCAUAUUAUUUGGUGGUCUACAAUAUACCAGUAAAGGAAGAAGAUUAAACCUGGCUCCCAAAUCAUCCCUUUUAGCUGCAUUAUUUUUUGCCGUACAUCCAGUGCAUACAGAGUGUGUUGCUGGUAUCGUUGGCAGAGCUGACCUCCUGGGUGCCCUCUUCUUUUUGUUAUCUUUCCUUGGCUACUGUCACGCAUUUAGAGAAAAUAACAAGGAAGGAGCUCAGUUUUCUACAUUCUGGGUGCUGCUGAGUAUUCUUUUGAGUGCUGUAGCUAUGCUGUGCAAAGAACAAGGGAUCACAGUACUGGGUUUCAAUGCUGUGUUUGAUGCCUUGGUGAUAAGCAAAUUAAAUAUUUUAGAAAUUGUUCAAAAGGUACGACAUAAAGACAAAUCAUUAGAGAAUAUUGGAUGGCUAAAGAAUGGAGGCCUUCUCUUCAGACUGAUUCUCCUGUUUUCUGGAGGGGCAACAAUACUUUAUGUGCGCUGGAGAAUUAUGGGCACUGGUCCACCAGCCUUUACUGAAGUUGACAAUCCAGCCUCCUUUGCAGAGAGCAUGUUUGUCAGAGCUAUAAACUAUAAUUACUACUAUUCAUUGAAUGCAUGGUUGCUGCUGUGUCCCUGGUGGCUGUGUUUUGAUUGGUCAAUGGGCUGCAUACCCCUUAUUAAGUCAGUCAGUGACUGGAGAAUAAUUGCACUAGCAGCACUUUGGUUCUGCCUAAUUGGCCUAAUAUGCCAAGCUCUAUGCUCUGAAGACAGCCAUAAGAGAAGAAUACUCACUUUGGGAUUGGGAUUUCUCAUCAUCCCAUUUCUUCCUGCAAGUAACCUGUUCUUCAGAGUGGGAUUUGUUGUUGCUGAAAGAGUCAUCUACCUCCCCAGUGUUGGAUACUGCAUGCUUCUAACAUAUGGAUUUGGAAUACUAACCAAACAUACUAAGAAAAAGAAACUCAUUGCUGCUACUGUAAUAGGGAUUUUACUCAUAAAUAUGGUGCGUUGUAUUACUCGCUGUAGCCAGUGGCGAAAUGAAGACCUGCUUUUCAGGAGUGCCCUGUCUGUGUGUCCUCUCAAUGCUAAAGUUCACUACAACGUUGGCAAAAACCUGGCUGAUAAAGGCGACCAGACUGCUGCCAUCAGAUAUUACAGGGAAGCUGUAAGAUUGAAUCCUAAAUAUGUUCAUGCCAUGAAUAAUCUUGGAAAUAUCUUGAAAGAAAGGAAUGAACUACAGGAAGCAGAGGAGCUAUUGUCUCUUGCUGUACAAAUACAACCAGACUUUGCUGCAGCAUGGAUGAAUUUAGGCAUAGUGCAGAACAGUAUGCGGAGGUUCGGAGAAGCUGAGCAAAGCUACCGUACAGCAAUUAAAUACAGGAGAAAAUAUCCAGACUGUUACUACAACUUAGGACGUUUGUAUGCAGACUUAAAUCGUCCCCUAGAUGCAUUGAAUGCAUGGAGAAAUGCUACUUUUCUGAAACCAGAACAUACUUUGGCUUGGAACAACAUGAUCAUACUGCUUGAUAAUACAGGUAACUUAGCCCAAGCUGAAGCAGUUGGAAGGGAAGCAUUAGAAUUAAUACCCAAUGAUCACUCUAUUAUGUUCUCAUUGGCAAAUGUACUGGGGAAAUCCCAAAAAUACAAGGAAUCUGAAGCUUUAUUCCUCAAGGCAAUUAAGGCCAAUCCAAAUGCUGCAAGUUAUCAUGGCAAUUUGGCUGUGCUUUACCACCGUUGGGGAAACUUUGACUUAGCCAAGAAAUACUAUGAAGUCUCUCUGAAGCUUGACCCUCUGGCACCAGCGACCAAGGAAAAUUACAAUCUACUAAAAAGAAAACUAGAACAAUUGCAAACAAAUAGUGUUUGAUCAUUCUUUUCUCUCUCUUUUUUGUCCAUGCAUGAUACAGAUCAUUAAUGUCUUAUGGUUAUUUUUAACCAUGUAAAAAAAUUUUAGUCAUGGUGUUAAAAUUUGGUUUUUUAUAUGAAAAUAAAAACAUGAACAUACAAAAAAUUAUUGCAGCACCAGCAAUAUGCUUGAUGUUGUUUUUGCAUUGGAAAUGUAUUUUUUCAACCAGCUUAUAGAUUCUAAAAAUUCAAUUCUAGGAUAAAGUCAUUUUCUAAUUUAAAAAGAAAAAUAAGUAUCUUGAGCUACUUUUAAUUUCUACCAAACCAAAAUUUGCCAUGGGGAUGUGAAAAAUAGUUAAGCAUAAAUGAGUACUAUGAAACAGCAUUCUUUAUGAUGGAUAAUUGGCAAAACUGACUUGAGAAAUUUAUACAAAUAUCAUAAACAUCCCUUUAUCUGUAUAUUGAUGUUUUUAUUUAAUGAUGGAGGUGAAUGAAGUUUUUGUGUUUGAUCUAUUCUCUGUAUAGUAUGCUAUGAACAUUGAAGGAAAUGCUUCUUUGUGUGUGUGUGUGUGUGUGUGUGUGUGUUUUAAACAGGGAAAGAAUAAUUGAGCCUGAGAAUUAGAAAGUUUACCUUCUUCCGCUGUUCUACAUAUUUAUUUUCUUUAGGAAGAAAUUGACUCAUGCAAUAUUUGCAGAUACCUCUAUUUGUGUAGUAGGAUGUUAUGGACCAUCCUUAAUUGUUCGUAUCCACAUAAAAUCUCAAGUUAGCUUCCUGGAGAAAGGUAUAGCAUUUCUUAGGUAAAGAUCAAAUUCUCUCUUUUUUCAUUUAUGUCUUAACUAGGUUAUCUAUGAAUGGUACUUUGUUUCAUUUUAUAAUUUAUAAUCCAAGUCUAUCCUUCUGACUAAUAUGUUGCUUUAUGGACUGUAGACAUUGAAAUUCCAAAAGUAGUAGUUUUCCUCCAAAAAUAAGCCAUAUUACUGGAGUUCUCCAGUAAUUAGGAAGACUGGAAAUCAUUUAACCAUACAUACUGUUUGCUGAUUGAUUGGCUUUUUAUUAGUCUGUGGUUCUUUUUAAAUUACCAUAUUAUAUGCUAUUGACCU